CAGGAGGGACUUUUUAUGAAUGCAGCAGAAUCGAUUAUUUUUCGAGCGAAGAAUAUAGUCCUGAUCCUAAUGAUUCUACUAUGGCAAUACCAUAUGCCGUCACCAAGUCCGCCGGGUUUUUCGUCGUAGCCACUUUGCUCCUAUGCUGCAGUUACUGCUGCUGCAUAAUUGGGCAUUGCGCUAAACACCGUGGCCUUUACACCUUUAUCUCGGGAGUUCUUUUCAUAAUCACAGGUUUAUCGAUGUUAACCGGCCUCGUAAUGUACAUCUCACUUUUUAAAGCGGAAAUCGGAGGAAAACUUCGACCUGUAUCUCUUCUUCAACCGCCGAUUUUCACAUACAGAUAUGGUUAUUCUUUCGCCCUAUUCCUCGUUGGAUUUAUAAGUUGUCAAAUAACGGGGAUCAGUACAAUUUUCCUUUUUAUACAUCGCAUGCAAGCUUCGUACCGGAUCGAAAACGGGCAGGAAACGGGGAAGUUCCACGUCCCAGCUCCCAGUAACUAUUUCCACGUAGAUUCCAACUCGAUUUAUUGUAGACGGCAUCCGAAUGCUUACAUCAAUUCGAAUAGUAUCAGGAUUCCCACGAAUUAUCCACCACCAGCUCAUCAAAAACGAUUUUUCUUCAGCAAAGAACCACUGCCUGAAUCACCGUGUAGUUUACAUAGACAUCAAUCUUUAAAUAGUGGAAAUUCUUUAAAGGAUGUUUCGGGAUUUUAUGAUUUCCCUCCACCUCCAACGAUAAGUUACCAAUUCAAUGAGCCAUUUUCCGGCCCGGAACAGCGAUUUAAUCAUCGAUUAUCAAGGGAUGUAACAACAAAUACGGUGUCGACGACGGCGGACGUCGUGACGUCUUGUGAUGAAGAUUUUCUGCAGGACAACUUCGUGGAUUACUCUCCAAGCGUCCAACACGAUGUUGAGUUCGUGACCUUUGACCUGGACAGACCACUGGUCGUCCGCGCUCAUAGUAACGUCUCGAUAAAUUCGAAUUGCGGUGAUUUACCAACGCCACCCCUCCGCAAAGAUUACACCACCAAUUUCGAUCCACUAAGAAGGACUACUCCCGUAUAAAAUGUGAUUAUAACCCGAAAAAUUCGAGGUGCGGGUUAAAACAACUAAAAAAGAAUCAAUAAAAUCGAUUAAAUUAAAAAAAACAAAGAUUAAAUAAGUGAGAAUUGUUAAAGAAAAAGUUUUAAUAAAGAAAGCCAUGUUUAUCCAUAACGGUAUUAGGAAGAUUGCUUAUUAACCCAAAGAAAUUAAUAAAAACUAUGUAUAAAAAUUAAUAUCGAA